AGGAAGGAGGGGGAAGAGCAGCUGUCCGGAGGGGUCAGGAGCCUUCGGGUUUGGAGAGGAAGCCUCCCUGGCCCUUCUCUCCGUGUCCCCCCCAAAUGUCAAACCUGCUCCUGGGAGACAGCCCUCCUCCCUUUUCUCUGCUAAUCCAUCCUCUGGAUUACCCGGGGGCCUUCCAAGAAAGCGUCUGUUCUUUGAAACCUUCCAUGUAAUGCCCAGCUCGGCUCCUCUUGUGCCCCCUGUCCUGCCGAUGGCCCCUGAGCACCAGCCCCUGAACCCCUCCAGCGGGAUGCUCCAGGGCAUUAAGCACCCUCCGCCACAGUGCAAAGCUCAGGUAUGGCCCUCCUGCCCUCCCCAGGAAACGCUGGUUUAUUCUCUAGGCCCGAGUAUAAAACAUUUACACAUCACUCCCCUCUGCACAGGGGGCAGUGAGGAUGCAUAGAGCUUCGGGCUUGGGAAUCCAGUCAAACCUCAGGCACUUUCCAGCUGUGAGACCCUGGGCUAGUCACUUCAUCCUGUUUGCCUCAGUUUUCCCAUCUGUAAAGUGGGCUGAAGAAGGAAAUGGCCAGCCACUCCACUAUCUUUGCCAGGCAAACCCCGAAUGGGGUCCAACCCUCCAGACACGACUGACCCCAAAGAGCCUCCUGGCUCCCCCUCACCCAGUUCUCCAUCUCCCAUCUCUCUGCCUUCCUAUCGGCCGUCUCUCAUCCCUCACGUGCACCUCCUAUUCCACCUCUUGGAAUCCGCGGCCUCCUUGAGGACAGUGCAGACGGCGCUUUCUACACGAAACCUUCCUGAGCCCCGUCCUGCAUCCCGAGAAGCGGCCUCCCCUCCUCCCUCAGCUAUGUCCUGGACCCCUUGAGGGCGGGGCCGUCUCCCUCCUGUCCCUGGAGCUCCAGCUCCGGCCUUGUGUCUCUCAGAGAAUAAAGGCUCAAUAAACACAUGAGGAUGGAUGAGAAAUCCCGCCCUCCCCCCACCGCCGGCCCAGCCUCAUCCUGGUCUGCGACGGCAGCAGCGGGGACUUCUCUGAGGGGCCGGGCCCUGUUAGGAGGAAGAGUGUGGGGGGGGGGGGCUCAUGGCUGAGUAUUAAUGUGUGUGCAUGUGGGGAUGUGAGUGGGGGUAAGUGUGUGGUUAGUGUGUACAGGUAUGUGUGCAUAUAAGGUACACAUGUGGGUUUGUGUGUACAGGUGUGUGUUCUAUGUGGGAUUGUAUAUACAGGUGUGUGUCUGUGUGUGUUCUAUGUGGGCUUGCAUGUACAGGUGUGUAUUCUAUGUGGGCUUGCAUGCACAGGUGUAUGUGUUCUAUGUGGGCUUGUAUGUACAGGUGUGUGUCUGUAUGGAUUCUACGUGGGCUUGUAUGUACAGGUGUGUGUCUGUAUGGGUUCCACGUGGGCUUGUAUGUACAGGUGUGCAUUCAGAUGUAUGUCUGUGUGUGUUCUAUGUGGGUUUGUGUGUACAGGUGUGUGUUCUCUGUGGGCUUGUAUGUACAGGUGUGUGUCUGUAUGGAUUCUACGUGGGCUUGUACGUACAGGUGUGUGUCUGUAUGGGUUCCACGUGGGCUUGUAUGUACAGGUGUGCAUUCAGAUGUAUGUCUGUGUGUGUUCUAUGUGGGUUUGUGUGUACAGGUGUGUGUUCUCUGUGGGCUUGUAUGUACAGGUGUGUGUCUGUAUGGAUUCUACGUGGGCUUGUAUGUACAGGUGUGUGUCUGUAUGGGUUCCACGUGGGCUUGUAUGUACAGGUGUGCAUCCAGAUGUGUGUCUGUGUGUGUUCUAUGUGCGUUUGUGUGUCCAGGUGUGUGUUCUCUGUGGGUUUGUGUGUACAGGUGUAGGUGUGUACAGGUAUGUGCACACACACGUGUUUGUGGGGGGCAUGGGUGUGUAUGUGAUUGUGGGGGGAGGAUGAGUCUGGGGCAUGUGCCUGCACACCCAGGGCAGACUGGCGUGAUACUCCAGGAUACUGAGGUGGGUAUGGUGGCUCUCUGGGAGAGCCGUCCCCUUCCCUCUGUGGGUGGUUACCAGUGGCCAGCUCUCCCCCUGACAGCUGCGUCCCCUUAUAAAACACGUGGGGUUGGUCCGUCUCCCUCGGAUGCUCCGGCCUCUCACUGUCAUCAGUGAUCCAGGGCCACCGCACGGGGCAGGGAGGCUUCCUGACGUGGCCCCAGGGUGGCUGGGGGC